CUAACUCCAGAAACAAAAACGAAGAAGAAAAGGAAAAUUCACGAGCUUGGUUCAAUGACUUCUGAUUAUGCGGUUAAACUUGCUGCGGAGCUCGAAUCAGCUUCGCGUUUGAAAGCUGCUCAAUUCUUAGUGACGCAGAGGCCGUGGCUUGAUCUUUAUGGGGUUAAUGUCAGACCUGUUACUCCUUUCCGUAGCUUGAGCAAACCGUUUGUUGAUACAGCACUUCUGCACCGCAGCUUGCCAGAUGAGUUGCUUUUUGAGAUAUUUUCGAAGAUGAGUCCUUAUACCCUUGGGAGGGCAGCUUGUGUUUGUCGAAAAUGGAGGUAUACUAUCCGUAACCCUGUGUUCUGGCGAAAUUCAUGUUUAAGGGCUUGGCAGCUGAAUGGAAUUGUGGAAAAUUAUAAGAUUUUCCAAUCGAUGUAUCAUGGCUUAUGGCGGAAAAUGUGGCUUUUAAGACCAAGACUUCGGACUGAUGGGCUUUAUGUCAGUCGGAACACCUACAUUCGUGUUGGGCUUGCAGAGGGGAGAACCACCAAUCCUGUGCAUAUUGUUUGUUAUUACCGGUAUAUGCGAUUUUAUCCUUCUGGAAGGUUCCUCUAUAAGAACUCGUCCCAAAAAGUAAAAGAUGUUGCAAAAUACAUGAAUGUUCGUUCAGCAAGAUCUGAAUCAUCUGAUAGUGUUUUUAGCGGACAAUACACACUUUCUGAAGAUAAGGUUGAAGCUGCUAUUCUGUAUCCUGGCUUACGCCCAACUGUUUUAAGAAUCCGCUUGAGGUUAAGGGGGACUGUACAAGGCGCUAACAACAGAAUGGAUCUGAUAUCACUUGUCACAAGCGGCGUGAAUGAUGUCGAGGCCAGUGGAUCCGAUGAGGACAUCCUCGGAGUAGUCGAGGGGUGGGAGGAGGAUGAAACCCACAACCCUGACGUCCCAGCAGUUUCGCACAAGAGGGGUCUCACACCUUUCGUCUUUGUCCCAUUCGACGAAGUUGAAAAAUCUGUAUUGAACCUGCCUGUGGAGAAGAUGGAUUAUUUUGUACCUGGUUGAUCGCAGCCAUCAUCGGAGAACCUUUUCGUUGUAAAAGAGAAAGGAUUGUUUAUGGCAUCUGUUGAAUCACUACUACAUGGUAUGUACAAAGAAGUUGUGUUUUAUCUGCUAAAACGUGUGUUAUAGUUAUUGUAUGUAAAGGUUGUGGAAAAUAAGUGCUAUUCAAGAAUUAGGCUUUUGGUCAUGUGAUAAUGUAUAAAUACAUUAGAGAUUUUAUAAAUAAAAAACUUUGGUCAA